AUGGCUGGUUUCCUCUCAGACCUGGUUCAAUACCGGAAGCUAUUGCUAAUGAUUUUGGUACUAGGAAUUGGUGGAACCCACCUGUCUGGUUUUCAAAUGUCUGUGAUCAAUUAUACUUCUCCAUACAUUCAGAAGUUUAUCAACGAAACCUGGCUGGAACGAUACGGUUCAGCGCUGCAUCAGGAGACGCUCACAUUACUAUGGUCCUUCAUCGUGUCUAUGUACUGUGUGGGGGGAAUGAUAGGAUGUCUGUGUAGUGGGUACCUGACUGCAAAGUAUGGAAAGAAGAAAUGUCUGCUGUUCAAUGAUGUGGUCCUAAUAGUAGCCACACUGAACACUGGCUUCAGUAGGAGAGCCAAAUCCUUUGAGAUGAUCCUGAUCGGGCGCUUCCUCGAGGGCAUUGGUGCUGGAAUACAUAUGAAUGCCCAUGUUCAGUAUGCAGGAGAGAUCUCACCUAAGAAGUUGCGUGGAUUUGUAAAUGUGACCUCCUCUGUGUUUCUUGCACUAGGAAAAGCUGUAGCAAGAAUUCUUGGAUUACGAGAUCUUUUAGGAACUGAAGACAUGUGGAAUGUGCUGUUGUCCUUCUCUGGGUUGGUGGCAUUGAUUCAACUGCUCUUUUUGCCAUUCUUUCCUGAGUCACCUCCCUAUCUCUUGCUUCAAAAAGGAGACAAGGAUGGUUGCUUGAAAGCCAUGAAGCAACUCUGGGGAGAAGAGAAUUAUCACACAGAAUUUGAUGACAUGAUGAAGGAAAAGGCUGUAACAAAAGGCACCAAAAUAAUGAAUGUCCUAGAGGUGCUGAGAGAGCCAUCCGUGUAUCCGCAGCUGUGUACCAUGCUCCUGCUUUUACUGAGUCUGCAGCUCUGUGGCCUGAGUGCAAUCACCUUCUACACCUCGGAAAUUUUUCAGACAGCAAACCUCCAGGAAAGCAUAAUCCCAUAUGUAGCUCUAGGAGUUGCGAUCUCUGAGCUCAUCUCCAUCAUCUUCUGUAGCUCCAUUAUCGAUCGUUUUGGACGCCGGAUUCUGCUGUGGGGUGGUUAUUUGUUGAUGGCACUGAUACUGGUGUUGCUUGAAACAAGCCUUCUACUGAGCGAUCGGUUCCUCUGGAUGCGUUACUGCAGUGUUAUUCUUAUCUUUUUAUUCAUCAUCGCCUAUGGAAUAGGACCGGCUGGAGCCGUUGCAUCUGUCAUGAAUGAAAUCUUCACCCUCUCAACAAGGUCUUCUGCUUUUGUAAUUGGUGGAAUCGUCAUUUGGCUAGGCCUCACUUUCACUGGAAUGCUUUUCCCCUUUGCUGUUAUGGUUCUUGGUCCUUUUUGCUUCCUCAUCUUUAUUGCUGUCCUGGUCACUGCAGCAGUUCUCAUCUAUCUGUUCCUCCCAGAAACAAAAGGGAGGUCCAUCUCCGAAAUCACAGAAGAAUUCAAAACACGCCAAUUUAAGAAGAAAAAUCAUUGGACGGUGGAGAAGAAUGCUACUGAAGAAAGGACAUUCUGCACCAAGCUCUGA